GGGAGGCGCCGAAGGAUCCGCGUGGAGUCCCGGGGUGUCUCGGCCGUGCCCGGUCCCGUGGCCGCCCGCAGUCCCCCGGGCUCCGCCCCGCCGUGCUGCCCGGCCCCUCUUCGGCCAGGUCUCCUCCCCGAUGUGCGGGUGGCAGCGCCACUCCCUCCGCUCCCUCCCCAGCCGCGCGCGUCUCAUUCCAGCGCCCAUUCCGUGCAUUCCUGCCGGGCUCCUCUGCAAACUCCAGCCCCGGAGGUGGGGACCGCCGCAGCUCCGCGCUCCGGCCCCUGCAGCCGUCGCUGCUGCUGGAAGACUUGGCGCCCCGUGCGGACCUGCUGCAACCGGCCGAGCGCUCCUACCCUGCCUCCCGCACCCUGGGACCGGUCCAACGGGCGCUCCUCCAAGCCGAGCCUUGGAGGGCAAGGCCGGCAUCAUUACCUCCAACGAGUGGAGCUCUCCGGACUCCCCCGAGGGGAGCAGCAUCUCUGGGGGCAGCCAGGCACUGGACAAGCCCAUUGACAAUGAUGCAGAAGGCGUGUGGAGUCCCGAUAUCGAGCAAAGCUUCCAGGAGGCAUUGGCCAUUUACCCACCCUGUGGCCGCCGCAAAAUCAUCCUGUCGGACGAAGGCAAGAUGUACGGUCGGAACGAGCUGAUUGCACGCUACAUCAAGCUCCGCACAGGGAAGACCCGCACCAGGAAGCAGGUUUCCAGCCACAUUCAGGUGCUUGCCCGCCGAAAAGCCCGGGAGAUCCAGGCCAAACUCAAGGACCAGGCAGCUAAGAACAAGGCCCUGCAGAGCAUGGCUGCCAUGUCGUCCGCCCAGAUCGUCUCCGCCACAGCCUUCCACAAUAAAAUGGCUCUUGCCCGGGGCCCUGGCUACCCAGCAAUCUCAGGGUUUUGGCAAGGAGCUUUGCCAGGCCAACCUGGAACAUCCCACGAUGUGAAACCUUUCUCUCAAAACGCUUAUACUGUCCAGCCUCCACUGCCUCUGCCAGGCUUUGAGUCUCCUGCAGGACCUACCCCGUCGCCCUCAGCACCGCCAGCUUCCCCAUGGCAAGGCCGCAGUGUGGCCAGUUCCAAGCUCUGGAUGUUGGAGUUCUCUGCUUUCCUGGAGCGCCAGCAAGACCCUGACACAUACAGCAAGCACCUGUUUGUGCACAUCAGCCAGUCGAGCCCAAGCUACAGUGACCCCUACCUCGAAGCUGUGGACAUCCGCCAGAUCUAUGACAAAUUCCCAGAGAAGAAGGGGGGCCUCAAGGAGCUAUUUGAACGGGGGCCCUCGAACGCCUUCUUCCUUGUGAAGUUCUGGGCAGACCUCAAUACUAACAUCGACGAUGAGGGCAGCGCCUUCUAUGGGGUGUCCAGCCAGUAUGAGAGCCUGGACAACAUGAUCAUUACUUGUUCUACUAAGGUCUGCUCCUUCGGCAAGCAAGUGGUGGAGAAAGUUGAGACAGAGUAUGCUCGCUAUGAGAACGGCCACUAUCUGUACCGCAUCCACCGGUCUCCGCUCUGUGAGUACAUGAUCAACUUCAUCCACAAGCUGAAGCACUUACCCGAGAAGUACAUGAUGAACAGUGUGUUGGAGAACUUCACCAUCCUGCAGGUGGUCACCAAUCGAGACACGCAAGAGACCUUGUUAUGUAUUGCCUAUGUCUUCGAAGUGUCAGCCAGCGAACACGGGGCUCAGCACCACAUCUACCGGCUCGUGAAAGAAUGACAGACGUGCAGAAUGAUGGUGGGGGGACAAAUCCAGGGAACGGGGACCUGGGAGGGACCCUUCAGGGAUAGUCCCCGGAAGUGCCAAGAGAGCUGAGCGGAGGAACCAACUGCCUGAUCUUGCAGUGCCCAACCCCCAAUAAACCCGAGGUGUCAAGUGUUUUCAGAGGAGCUGGUCUGACUGUGUGAGCCCAGAAGGGCAAGGGAGAAGGGGGCACCAGGAGGCAAGCUGGAAGCAAGCCCAGAGAUGCCCCAUGGUCCUGGAGCCAGAACCCCAGUGGACUCAGCCAGACACCAAAGCUCAAGACCCAGUGGCCCCUCCUCAGCUGCUGGAACCCUACACUCUGCUGCUGGUCACACUCGUGGCCUAAGGACAGAUGGCACGUGGGUCACACACCCAGAGAUGCAAUGUGUGACCGUGUGUACUGUCAGCCGCAUGGCUGCCCGAGGAUAGCUAUAGCAGAAGGCCCCGCCCCUGCUAAUAGGGCUGGGUUUAGGUUUGGCUGGAGACUGGGUAAGAUUUACUCAGGUGGCUCCUGCAGUGGCUUGCAGGGGUCAGUGGUUCCAGGCUUAGGCAAGGCUUGGAGGUAGGGAGUCCCGUUUCCAGCUGCUUGACCCUGUCAGGCUCCUCAGCUUCUCUCUAAGUCCCUUUUCCUCUCUGCUCAGCACUGGUGAGGAGGAGCUGCUGGGUCAGGGUGGCGCACGUGGUAGGGGGAUCUGAGUUUUAGGAAAGCUAGGGCUAUGAAAAGAAACCCCGUCUCCAAAACAAAACAACCUCCCCGCCCAAAAAAAACAACAACAAAAAAGUAACUGGGCACAGUGCCAGUUAAAUGAUCUGACUCUCAGCCCAGCCUCUUGCUUCCCUCCCUCUGGAGAGCCUGGGUCUGGCUCUCUGCUGCCCUCUCCUGGCUUUCUGGUGUCCGCUUCCCUAGUUGGAGCCAGUUUCUAGUAACCGGGAGCCUCAGGAAGAAAGAUCCAACCUGGGCAUGUUUGUGUGUGCCCAGAACUCAGGGAUGUAUCUAUGGGGAUGCAAAAAUGGGCAGGGCAGCAUUGAGGGGAUGCUAUAGGGGUGAAGAGCAAGGUAUCUGGAAUCAGUCUAGCCUGACUUGAUGUGCAGCCUGUGGUGUGUCAAUGUCAUGGUGCCUCAGUUUCCCCAUCUGUAAAAUGGGUAUAACAUUUCACCUACCUCGUGUAUGAUCAGUGCCUCAUGAAGUGCUGAGCACAUCCAUAUAUGCAAUAAAUAUACAUUGGUACUAACCAUGGGAGGUGCAGCUCCUGCUGAGGAGCUGGAUGUGGGAGCUAUGCACUGGAGUGGGGUGAUCCCAUAGCAACUGCCCUUCAGAUAGGAGGGAUCCAGGGGUCUCAGGGAAGGGGUAGCCUUUGAGGGAACAAGUUCUGAUAUUUAUUGAUAUUAUUUCUGUUUAAUUUUGGUGUCGGGGCAGAAGACCUCAGGGCUUGGAAUGGGUGGAGUGACUGUGCCAGAAAUAUGCAAAUUAAGCAAAUGGGAGGAGUCUGGCUGCAUCUGAGAUAAGGAAGACAGACAAGCCACCCAGUCUUUCUGUGGCCCCCAAAUUCCCUUUUAACCCAAAGAAGUUUAACCCAUUACCUCUCCACCAUGGUAGGAUGGUGGCUAGACCCAGAUCUGCUCCCUACUGCACUGUGUAGAGGUCCUGCUGUCAGAGGGGGUCAAAGGUCCUGGAAAGACUACUGCAUUUCUGGACCUGUGAUGAGGACUCCCCCUCACAUGCAGGCCUGUGUUUGUAUCCCCCCAUCUUAUCCCCACCCCCACCCCCGUGUAUGUUGCCUGGCCAUGCCACAGCAUUCUUGAAAAGCCCCAGACUCAGACAUUUCAUUGUGGACAGUCUCUAGGGACAUGAAGGACACACAAUCUUUUCCUCUGGGAAGCAAGUCAGUCCAGAUGUUGGAUCCCAGUGUGGAUCAUGAGUUUUUCCUGUGUGACCUGACCUCAGUGGCCUAAUGGAGAGUCACCGUAGGAGACGGUAGCUUAGCUGCCUCACUUGAGCCGGCAUGGCAUUUGACUAGGGCACCCAUCCCUGUCGUACCAGUCUCGCUGAUGGUUCUGUGCUGGUGCCAUUGUUUAUUUAGAUGAGCUCGCCCUCUCUGGUCUGGGCUACUACCUCCAGUGGUCCUCCUGCCUCAGCUUCCUGAGGAGCUGAAGUCCUAUUUUAAGGAUUAAGAAAGUGAGACCCCGAGAGCUUAAGGAAGUUGCUUGGGUUGUUGGUGUAUUUUCCGUUUGCUUUGUGAGUAGUUGUUUAAUUUCUGAGAUGUGGCAGGCUCUGGGAGUGUUUCAUGAACAAAAUAGCCAGGGUGAUUCUGAGUUGACUGUGGACUAAGUAAGGGGUGACUGGACACAAGAGACUUGUAGGCAGUGGGAAAU